UCCGGAGAGGCCCUGCCCAGGAACUGCUCCGGCAGCCAUGGGGAGGUCAGGGUCCUCCAUCGCAUGCUCACCUUGGAGGGCUCCGGAGGGUACCCCAGCCCUACAGGGAAGCGGGAGAGGUAUUUUUUCCACUCCUCCUCCUCCUCCUCCCCAGCCGGACCGGGAAACCGAAAGUACACUGCUCGGCCCAGUCUGUGGAAUGGCCGCCAGUCCCACCGCCCCCCGGCCGCCCACCUCCGGCCCCCCAGCAGACGGAGACAGUGCCGCUGCCCCCAUGGAGGCAGGACCCCAGCUGAGUACCCCCCGGUGCUCCCCUCCAUCCCACCCUCCCGCGGUGGAAGAUGACUUCAAGUUCAUCCUUUGCGAGCGCUGCCAGCAGGCAUCACCCAACCUCAAGCUCCUCACCUGCCUUCACACCUUGUGCCUCGGUUGCCUGAGCGAGAACAAGCCCAUCGGGCAGUGCCCCGUGUGCCGGACGCCCAUCCCACAGGCCAGUGGCAUUCCCGACAUGGACAACCUGCUCUUCACCAACCUGCAGGCCAGGCUCAGCAUCUACAAGAAGAUUGUGGACAGCGGUGGUGCGAGCUGCAGCCGGUGCCGGGGUGAAGCGGCGGCUGUGUGGUGCCCUGAGUGCGAGGAGUUCCUUUGCGCCAAGUGCUUCGAGGACCAUCAGUGGUUCUUUAAGAAGAGGAACCAUGAGGCCAGGAAGGUGGAGGAUCUUCGUGCUGAGUCACCUCAUCAGUUCCUGGAAGACACCAGGAAGUCCUGCAACCUCUUUUGUGCCAAUCCCGGUCAUACUGGCCAGGAUCACAUCUCCAGCAUCUACUGCACCAAGUGCGAGAAGGUGCUGUGCUGCUCGUGUGCACUGCUGGACAGCCAGCACGCCCCAUUCUGUGACAUCCGCAGCGAGACCCAGCGCCGGCAGCAGGAGCUCAGCACCAUUGCCCAGGAGCUUGAGCAGAAGAGGAGCCGCUUCCAGGCCACCCAGGCGGUGCUGCGAAACGAGGCCGCCCGGCUGGAGGAGACACAGCGGAAGAUGCGGGAGUUGAUCCAGCAGCGCGUGGAGCAGCUGGUGCAGCUGCUGCGGCGCGAGGAAGAGGAGCUGCUGGGGCUGGUGGAGGCGCAGCAGGAGCGGGGCCGGCGGGAGCUGGCCAGGGAGCUGCAGCACGUGGAGGGGACGCUGCGGCGGAUGGAGGCGGCUGAGCGGCUGGUGGAGAAGAUGAGCCUCUACGCCACGGAGCAGGAGGUGAUGGACAUGCAGCCCUUCAUCAGGGACUCGCUGCAGGAGCUGCAGCGGCUGCAGCCGCCGGCAACCGGGGAGCGAGAGCAGCCGCGGGAUCUGAGCGAGUGCAGGGCCAGGCUGCAGGCGCUGGUGGAGCGCGUCACGGGGCACCCAGCUAAUAAUUCCGAAGCCGUGCCCACGGUCGAGUUGACCCUGGAGAACGACCUGCAACCGGAGCCCGUCCAGCGCAACGGCCAGAGCAUCUCACCCACCUUCACCACCACCAGCCUCAAGAAGAGGCAGAUGAGCCCGUCUCCCCCCGUCACUGUUUGCUCCAAGCAGACGCUGCACUCUAUGGAAAGGGGCAGCCAGUUCUCACCCAAGCUACUGAAGCUGGAAUGUGACAACAUGCCGGUCCCCAGCGAUCCCAGUUCAAACCAGUGGGAUGGCAGAAGUGGGCCCAGCACCUCCAUGCUGAGAAAGAUCUGCAACAGCAUCCGUGCCACCAGCUGCCCCACAGAUGAUGCAGAAGACAUCAUCGUCUGCAGCUCAGAGGACAGCGAGGAGGACACGGCGGCCUCCAGCAAGCCCAAGGAGAUCAAGAAGUCCUCCAGCCCCACAUGGUCUGAGAGUGGCACCUCACCCCCCCACAGCCCUGGCCACACCAGCCCCUGGGACGACAGGUUGGAGCUGAGCACCUUGGUGUUCCUCAGCUUGAAGCUUGACCAGAAAACCCAGAGCAUCAUGGAGGUGGCGGCAGCCAACGGAGAUCACACCUUCCAGGCACUGAUUCAGACACCUGAGUCGGUACUGUCGCUGCUCUCCCAGGGUGUCCCUGUGGAGGUGGGGAUGCAGCACCUCCUCUGGUAUCUCUCCCCUCUCCCCAGGCCCAUCCUCAUCGUCUAUAACUUCUGGGCACCGGAGCUGCCCGCUCUUUUUAAAGCCCUGGGUGCCACUGGCAGGAAAGUGGACUUCUGCCACGUGGUGGGCGGUUACGUGGAUAUGUUGUCCUUAAUCAAGGAAAAACUGCCCCAGGCACCUUCCUACAGGCUGAAGGGCCUGCUGAGGAGGCACCUGCGGCAGCAGCUCCAAGAGGGCAGCGCGCUGGCCACAGCCAAGGCCUUGCAGCAGCUUUGGGAAGCCCUGGAGCUCCCUGCCCAUGCCGAUGCGGGGAUGACGCUCACCCAUUGCAACCUGGAGAGCUACACUAUCCUUUGGCCCCUGGUGCAGGAGAAGCUGCUCCCCAGGAGGAUGGCCAAGGUCCUGGCCCUCCGCAACCUCAUCCUCUGGGAGGUUGAAGCGGUGUGAGUGCAACCAUGGGGUGAACUGAGCUGGCCAGGUCCAGGUUAACCAUGGGAUGCUCACCAGGGAUGCAGGGAUAGUCACCAGGGAUGCAGGGAUGCUCACAGCAGCAUCAAGGAGGAUUUGUAGAUCCUCUCCACUCCCAGCACGGGCUUUAAAAGGUUCGCACUGAAGGGUGGGUAAGAACAGUGUUUCUAGUUAGAGUGAGAACAGUGUAAAGUCAUUGUUAAACCCUUUGUGCAUAUUGCUAUGAUUUACAGCAAUGGGCGAGUAAAAGGAUCAACAAAACUUCCAUGGACAAAUUAUAGUCCAUAAUAAAGUUGUUUAGAAUAUA